AUGAGCCAGGUCAAGAACCUGAGAGCCAUGUUUGAGAACAAAGGCGACGCAAGCCCGCCUGACAGAGGAAGGUCUCCAGGAAUCACGCCAGGUGGGCAUAUUGGAGACGCCAGCUCCAACGGCUCAUCGCGGCCGCUUUCCAAGGUUCGCACAAACUUUGUUGCAAUUGAAAAGGACGGCCGCAUGGGUUUAAGAAGAGACCACAGCGGCGAAUCGAGCUUAUCCAGAAGACGAACGAGUGUCGAAACUGCAGACACCGAAUCCAACGGCAACUAUCUUGACAACCCCAGCACAAUGCCAUCCGAUGGCGUGGGCGAAUCUUCGCGUCGCAAUGUCGCCAGCAAGACGAUCUUCGAAUCUCUGAGAAUAUUACCCCACCACGAAAAGGCUGGUGUUCCUGUAAGCGGAGAUUCAGAUGUGAACAGGGCACACACAGAAGCCGAGAACAAGCCGGCCUCACCUCUGCGCCAAGCGAACGAACAAGCAGGAACAAGCUCCGCGGAAAAUGCAGAAUUCAAGUCUGCCUCCGUCAUGGACCCGUCUCCCUCCACCAAGCAAAAUACGCGUUCCUCAGCCCAAGCUAUUACGACUACGACAGGAGCAAUGAGAAAUACCAGUGCAACUUCUGCUGCCAGAUCAAGCUCGAACACUGCUACUAGAAGCCUCAAAAUUAGAGAGUCAUCUGCUGAUGAGAUCCACAAUGUUAAUGCGGGGCCAAUCCCAUCUGCCAAAGCGAGAACGGUUGCCCCAGGGGCUGCCAAAAGCCGAACUCUCAAGACGAAGAGCCAGAAUGAUGCGGGUUUUGUCAAGCCGAAGCCAAAGUCACCUACCCAGCCAGUUCAAAUGCCAUCAUCACUUACCGCGCCAACCGCUUCUUCGGUAUCGAAAGUACAUGUAUCUCGUCAGUCCCUGUUUCGCCAUAUUGGAAUCCAAGAUAAAAUAAUCCAACCCACUCUUCGAUCGACUAUGUCAAAUUCUACGGUUCCACAGCCCGCCAUCAAGGGGAAAGGCUCCUCUUUUUCUAAGUCCCGACCAAGUCUUGGACCGCCUCCCAGAAAACAGUCGCAACUUACGGCCAGUCAGAAGAGGCAGAGCAAUGUCGACGAACGCUUUCUAGCACGUAUGAUGCGCCCUACACAGGCAUCAUCUUCAAAAGCCACUGACAAAGUCCCGGUCACUCCACCAAAAAGAACUGUCCCAAGACUAGUAGGCGGUGAGCAUGGGAAUCAGGCAGUUCCAAGGUCAGCGAGCAGCAGGAGUCAAAGGAUUCCGAUGUCUACAACACCGAGGCGGAUUGCCGUGCCACUAACGGGCUACACCGAAGAAUUUGACCCUCUCAAUCCUGAAGAAGAAGGCAACGAAUUCCUCAAUGACCAUCAAUUACGAAUAUACAAUGCACACGAAAACACCAUAUCUUCUUCUAAUCCCGCCACUAAGUGUUCAACCGAAGAGAUGGACUCAUCAGCGGCACCACAAGAACCGCAAAGAUUGGAAACCGUCACUAGCUUAUUUGGCAACGUGAAUUUAGCAAUGAAUGAUCCUAUCUAUAAUAGUCGACUACGAGAGGAAGCUGACGAUCCUAAGGCUUCACUCACUGCAGUACCCACGCCACCUGCCGGUGGGCUGACAGAAGCACCUGAAUCUGUAGGCAGCAAUGAGAUAGCCGGCGAGGAUAAAUCGUGUGGUGCAAUUGAAGGGCUUAACGAUGAGAUUCUGGGAACCACGACAAAACAGCAAAUGUUUGAAGCCGAAUCAGUGCCAGAGAAGGGCAAAGUACAUCAAGGUCCAAUUGGGAAUAAUCGAGCCAACGAGGAGCCGAUAAUUGCUGAGGGUCACCAGACUAUGGGCCUAGUCGAGAUGGACCUCGUUGAGCAACAUGCCAUUGAAAACUCCGUUUCGCACCUUGAUACCAAUCACCUAGAUAAACAGUCCAUUCAAUAA